AAAAGGUGCUCUUCACCAAACUAGGUCCAGAAGAUUUCUCCCUACCAUGACAGACACCUUCCAGCCAGUUGGAUGGCCAAGAAAAUAAUAAAUCUGAUCCAUGCAAAGCAGAUGUCCAGAAAUGCCUCAUUACUCACAGCUGCCACAUGUUCCAUCCAGUGACAUCCUCUCUGACAAGACAACAACUUCACAAAGCCCUGCAUAAUGAUCUCUUCAUCUGCCGCCAUCAGUAGAGGAGAGACAGGUGAUGCCUCUGGCCUGUCAGGACGGGUGCUUAAAAUAAAACAAGAUGGGUCUCUUCUCACAGUAGUUGUGACCUGUACCAUGAAGCUGAACAUUUCAAAGAGUUGAUAUUGAAAUGAGAACUUACAUCUCUGUUAAAAAAAAAAUAAAAAAUCUGCCUCCUAUGCAACUCCUUUAAAAUGAACAGUGGUGAUACAUUCACCUAUUUACAACUUCGCGUGUCAUACUCAGCAGAAAGGCAGGGAGUAAAUCCAGUUUACCUUCACGAUAAUUUGUUGUUUUGACGUGACUUUGCCCUCGGCGUUGUUUUAGUUUCUAUUAAAUGCAAAAGCAUCGCCGUUCCCGGGAUUUGUAAUGAUUUAAAAGUUUCUGGGGAGAUUCCUCCUCGGGAGCAACUGGUUUUUCCUCCUCCGAUAUAUCAGACCUCUCAGCUCCUGUGGCUUUGGAGGUGGCAUUUUCCGGCGGACGCCGGACUUGGUGGAAUUUGGAUGGGGUCACCCAGAUCCCUGCCUUUCCCGGAGUUCCACUUCGCCAGGGCCAGGAGCGGGGGCCGACGGGGUGGGCGACAUCCUCCCCGGGAGCAGCGGGGCAGCACCCGGCACAGGAGACACGUGGAGUAUAAUGAAAGAAAUGAAAUAAAAUCAAAAGCAGCGGAAGAUGGGUUGACUCGCUGGCGGCCAGCCAUGAGCUGUUUGGAUGUUAUGUACCAAGUCUACGGUCCUUCCCAGCCCUACUUCGCAGCAGCCUACAGCCCCUACCACCAGAAACUCGCCCUUUACUCCAAAAUGCAGGAAGCCCCGGAGAGCGGCAGCAGCGCCAGCGCCGGCAGCUCCUUCUCCAGCCACGCCGCAGCCAGCAUCAAGGAGGAGGACUGCAGCCCCGAGAAGGAGCGACCCCCCGAGGCCGAGUACAUCAGCUCCCGCUGUGUCCUCUUCACCUACUUCCAGGGGGACAUCAGCGCCGUGGUGGAUGAGCACUUCAGCCGGGCGCUCAGCCAGCCCAGCAGCUUCUCCCUCGGCAGCGCGAAGGCGGCGCGGAACGCGGGCUCCUGGCGGGAUGGAUCUUUCCCAAUGAGCCAGCGUAUCUUCCCGCCGUCCUUCUGGAACAGCACAUACCAGCCCCCCUCGGUCCCGGCCAGCCUGAGCAGUCCCCUGGCAGCUGCCGCCCACAGCGAGCUGCCCUUCGCUGCUGCCACCGACCCCUACGCACCCGCCUCUCUGCACAGCCACCUGCACCAGGGCGGCCCCGAGCCCUGGCACCACGCGCACCACCACCACCACCACCACCACCACCACCCCUACAUUGGGACACAGGGCACUGCCUACCCCCGCCCCACCGCCAUGCACGAGGUCUACGGGCCCCACUUUGACCCCCGCUACGGCUCGCUCCUGGUGCCCACCGCCUCCGUCCGCCCCCACCGGCUCACCCCCGCCUCCGUAUCCACACCAGUCAGCCCCCCCUGUGAACUGGGCAAGAGUGAAGCGGGUGCUGCUGCGGCCUGGACGACACCGGGCCCCUUCCCCAGUCCAACAGGAGACAUGGCACAGAGCAUUGGCCUCAAUGUGGACACAGGUUUGCAACCUCAGGAUAAAAGCAAGGAUCUGUACUGGUUUUAGAGCUGUCCUUCACUCUUCUUCCCCUGGCUCUCCCCUGUAGCUCUCUACCCGUUAGACAUGGUGGCAUUCAGAGCUGAAAUCGGGUCAGUUUGUAACAGCUUCUGAUCUUGGUUUGCAGCUCGCCGUUACUCCUUCUGUGGUGGAUCCCUUCUGAGCUGAUGUGCUGACUCAAAGACUCUCAGAUCCCCCCUUGCCCUUUUCCAAGCCCACCGUGGCCCUGCUGCUCGGGGGAAGACAACGGGAUUUAAAAGGACCUGGCACUGCAAGGGUGGUACUUUAGACUAUUUUGGAGAGGAAAGUCGUUCUGUUGCAAGAGGAGAGCCAAAGAUAUUGAACUUCUAUUUAAGCAGACCCCACACCCAGACCUGAAGCCAGACUACUCUGAAAGAGUCAAAUCACAUCAUGGAUGGCGAUGCAAAACCACUGGCCUUCAUACAGGCAACAGAGGAAAUUGUGGGGUUUUUUUAGUGGUGUGAAUAUUUUUUUAUGGCAGUGAAAGUUUUCUUGAGUGCAACCAUGUGGAAGCUACUCAGCAGUUUUGAACUGGAUUUUUAUUUUGCAAUAUAGAAAAGUAAAAGGAGAAGAAACUGGAACUCAUUAACAUUUUCAGACUAUCAAGGAACUGGUCAGAUUUUUCAGCUUUGUGGUUGUGAGUGGCAAGUGUCUGACUGGGGCCACCUGCCCUGGACUUACAGAUAUGCAGCUGUUCCCCUCACAACUGCUUAAAUCCCAGAAAGACGAAAAUCAAGGUGGCACUUCUCAGAGUUUGGCACAUUGCAUUGGCUGUAUAACAGUUGUUUGGUUGGGGGUGGGGUUGUUUGUUUGGUUUUGGUUGGUUUUUUGGUGUUUGGGUUUUUUUUUCCUUUUUUCUUUUUUUUUCUUUUUACAAUAAACUUUUUCUGGUGACAGUUAAAUCCUCUUAAAGCAGGGGGAGAAAGGAAUCUGAUGAAGAAUGGCUCACCUCCAACCCAACAGCCUUUAAAGGGAACACCCGAACAAAAAGCACGUGAUGGACAUUAGUUCUGAGUUGCCUCUAACACUUCCCUUUGUCUACUUGUUUCUGUCAUUUUGCCACUUUAGUAGCUCUUUUGUUUGGGGUUUUUUGAAAGGGGGAAAUAGAUAUUUAACAGUAGCAAAGCUGUAUUAAAGGUAUCUCCUUCUUUCACCCUGUGUACUUUGAUGAAGAAUUAAAGAUAAAUAAGAGAAAUGAGGCAAACUGGAAACUUCAAGAUGAAGCAGAGAACGUAUAUCUCAUGUGGAUGAAGUGAGUUAUUUUAUUAUUUUGCAUGAAAGAUAAAUAGAAAUCCAGCUGAAAACAGCUGAAAAUAUUUUCUUGGUGACUAAAAUACACAGUGAUAAAUACAAAAGAAAAGAAAAUAUGAGAUAUGAGACCAUUUUAGAGUAUGAUGUGGCUGUAAGAUUGGUUAAAGUAGGGGAGCUGCUUCAUAUUUCUUUGGCUAAAAGAGGGGACUCAAUAGCAUAUAGAGCUGCUAUUGAGGUGGUAAAUUAAAAUGUUACUACCAGGUGAUGAAUAAUGAAUGAAACAGGGUAGAAAUGGCACUUACUCUAUACUUAAAAGCUGACUUUUUUACAGACAAAUCAUCUGAUCUUAAUACUAUUGCGCUUUUGGUUUUUUUCUCUUUGGUUUUUUUUUUUUUCCUUUUUGUAAUGUCUUUGAAGCUGGCAAAUUUUAAAAUGUAUAGUAGGAAAUUCCUAACAUUACCCCCUGACACUGAGAGAAGCAGUAGAAAAUGAACUUUUGUGCUGUGACCAGAGAUUUUACCUUCCAACCUCUCACAAAAUUUGGCAUAAUGCUCACUGUUUGUCAGGAGUGGAAUUAUGAAUAACCCAAGCUUGCUUCUCCUAGGUUUGGUGAUAACUCAGUAUCUGGGAAAGAAUAGGAAUCCUAACAGAAAGACUUUGAUAAAGCAGAGCGAGUGCACACUGUGAGAAGCUGACCAGGAGCACCUCCAGCCAGAGCUUAGCAGGGGGGACUUGCAGUGAUUUCCACAGCCAGACAAACUCAUGGGCAUUUUUCUCACAGCCUCCAAAUAGACAGAGCCCAGGCAAGCUGUGAAGAGCAAGCGAGUGACCCCAGAAUUUACAUUAUUUGUUAAACCAAAAGCAUUCCAAGGUGUUUAUCAAAGAAGAAGGCACCAGCUUUUUGCAGCAGAAAAGUAAUUAAAAACAGUUUGACUGCAGAAGCUUAAAGUUAGCAGGGUCAUUUUGUGAGCAUUUUCCUGAGGGCUUUUCCAGGCUGUUUUUUAAGAUUUUUUUUUUUUAAAGAAAAAUCUGGGUCUAAGUUUGGCUGUGCUUCACCACAAUUAUUUCUUUUUUCUUUCUUUUUUUCUCCCCUCUUCUCUGUAAUUCUUAACAACUAGGGCUGAGUGACACAGCCCAAAUACAUUUGGAAAUAUUAAUGUAAACAUUAAUGAGUCAUUUGCUACAUUGCCAUUUACAAUUAAUUUUGACUGUGAAUAUAUUCAAGCACGAGAAUUAGUGCAAUGAAUCCAUGAAUAUUGGUUUUGGCAUUUGUUCUGCGGGUACAUUUUUUACUGCUUUAUCAUGAAAACAUCUAAACACAAAAGCCAAGACAGUGGCUCAAGGUGCUAAAAGUACAAACAACUUUUUUUAAAUGGUCCUUCUCUGGGUGGACUGCAACCUGAAAGCACACAUGCCCUGUUUUGGCUAAUCCUUGCAGUUUUGCUCACUCUGUGUUAUUCUGACUCCUGAAGGAUCACCAAACUUUAAGGCCUGGGCAUUAGUCUUUGCAGGACUGGGGCCACAGCUCCUAAUGCAGUAACAGUGCAUGUGACCUCCGUGCCAUUUCUCAAGUCUGUUUUAUUCCUCUUUGCAUCAUAGGUCAUUACUCCCUUAGUCAUGAAUGCUUGUAGAAAAUCUGGAAUUACAAAAGAAGCCCUUCUUAGAUGUUACGUAAAUAUUACCUGUCACAUGCUUGUCACGCACUGAAGGGGAUGUGAGUCCCCAUCUCUGCAGCCUGGACAGCAGUUCCUCCUGCUGUCCCUUUCUGAAUGUCAUGCACCACACCGUGCUCUCUAGCUACCCACCUGACAAACAGACCAGCCCAGCUGGGACGGACAAACAGACACAAACAGCUUCAGACCCAUUCGUGCAGAGUCCAGCGAAGGAGGCAGAGGGACAGCAUCUGCUGCAGAGCAUGGCAGUGCUGGACAUAGCAAGGGUAUUUGCUGCUGCCCAAUAGCAAGACUGUCCUCUCCACAAGGAGUUUCCAAAAUGAGCUCUGGAUGUAUUCACCACAGUUGGAGCAGAAGAAUGGAUGGAGACGCAAAAUACUAAAAAUGAGUGAUUGAAGAAAAAAUUCAUGAUAUGUUGUGAAAUUCCCCCAGAAAUGUGAGGACUAGAAGCACCACCAGCACCCUGGGAAGCUGUAAGUCUGUUCAGAGAAUUGUGAAUAAUCUUUGGAAGGCCCUCCCAAAAAAUGUUAAGAAAUUGAAGGCAGAUAGAGAGAAACUGGAGUGGAGAGGCAGCUCUCCCACAUAUGAAAAUCACCAACAGCAUGCAGGGACCUGCUAGAAGUGUGGCUAACCAUGGGUAGGUCACCUGGUGAGAGCAAGCAUUUCUUGGCUGGAGGCUCGUGGCUGGAGUUUCAUUACACACAAAGGCCAAUGACCGUGUAGCAUUUUUGGAAAAUAUUGUCGAGGACAAUCCAUCAUGGAACAGGCUUUUGGAUUAUUUGUUUUGGUUGUCAUCUAUCUACUACUACUAUGAACACAAGAAAUACUUUACUUAGUCCCAGCUAGAAAUGAAUACAAAUUUUAAAAAUCACUGACUUAUUAUACGUGUUACAAAUUACAGUCUGAGACAUAUUCCAUGCCUCAAACUGUUUUUGACAGGGUCAUAGUGGAGCACACAUUUUAGUCUGGAAACUCAAGUAGAACCUGAAUGGCCUUUUUUUGCUUAAAUCAGUCUCACUUCUGGAGCCCACGUCUUACUGAAUUCCACCGCAUGAGAUUUACAUGGCAGGCAGAAAAAGGCAGAAAAUUAAUUCAAGGCUGGAGAGCUAUAGAAAAUUGACAUGCAUGUGUCCUUGAUCAGAAAAUCCAGCAACAAUAAGACAUCACGAGGAAUGUAGAGCUUCAAUCAAGUAAACAGCAUAACAUUUUAAUGGGCUUAUUAAGACUGUGCUUGGAGAAAGAGGGAGAAAACCUACAGGUGAAUUAUAAAUAUACAGGAAAAUAAGUAUGACAUUAUACAUGUAAAGGGCUUGUCAAUUGUUUAGUCUUUUAAAAUACAUUUAAAUGGAAGGAUGGUAUUCAGAUGAAUAAAAUCCAAGCUACCCUGUUUCCUGAAGGGUAUUUCCUGUAUGAGAAUCACCAAAUGAACCCGAGGAGAAGUUAAGAAGGACUUUUGAGAACUGAAGCAUGAAAACAUUGAAUGGGAGCAUGAAAACAGUUGCUCUGUCUUCUCCCCCCAAUGCAGAUCCAGCAAUGGGUCUGUGGCAACUGACCAGCUGCAGCUGGGCAGAACCUAUGGAAAGGGAAGGAUGAGAGGAAGCCAGAAGAGGGAACAUGACAGCUGGUGGGGAAAGGUCCAAGGCUCAGGAAGAGAGUGUGCCAAGUAGAAGUUCUGACAGCCAAAGCUCUGCCUACUCUGAAUUGCCCUCCUUACCACAGUGGGCCAGAUUUUACCAACCAAGGUGUUAUAAACAGGUUUAAUGGAGUCUGAUUUUAAAAGUGACUGCUGUCAACAGAUUAUCUGACUGAAAUUACAUUAUGGAGUACAGAGCUAUUAUUAAAACCACCCUUAAAGUCCACUAUACUACCAUAUUUUCUGCACUAAACUGAUUUUUUUCUAAUUUUUAUCCUUCAAACUGACACUUUUAUGGAAGCCUCAAUCCAUGUUUUCCUUUGCAACUUAGUAAUUUCUAAGAAUGCAUCUUUUGCUCCUGGCAAAUAAACAAAACAAUGGCCUUUUUUCUAGGACCUCUGCUGUGUGGCAGAACCUGAAAUUUUGGCAAAAUAAUGUUUCUUACAUUAAGAAUGUGUAUUUGUCAUCCCAGUGAAAGUAAUUAUUAUCUUAGUUUGAGCAAGUUAACGGCUGGAGAAAGAUCAGGCUUAUCUGACACAUGCUAAGCAGAGACUUGCUCUGAAACUGAAACUCAUUCAUGUUACAUCUGUGCCAGGUCUAUUCCACCACAAACACAGUAACCAAUCUUCCAGCCCCUUUCCCCAGUUCCAAGCAGCAGAAAGGUGUACUUGUUAUUGAUGAUGCUGGAAAUAUAGAAGGAAAAGAACUGAAUAGGUCUCAAAAUAAGGUUAAAUAACUGGUUUUCCUUCUGCUGCCUGCAAAGUGUCUGUCACACUGAAUUCCAGCCUUGGAUUCUGGAAGCCAAAUAAUCUUCUUUCUGGUAGUGCUUGUUGGUAGGAUAUCCAGGCAAAAAAACCAUGAGUUCAGGUGCUGUGUUUCAUCAGAUUUGCACUUGGGCUCUCAUGAGCAGAGCCUUGUGGAAGAAACAGCCAGCCACUGACCAGGAAAGAAACAGAAAAUGAUACAGAAAUCAUAGACUCGUAGAAUGUUUUGGGUCAGAAGGGACCUUCAAGGAUCAUCUAGACCAACCCACCAGCCAUGUGCAGGGACAUCUUCCACUACAUCAAAGCCUCAAAGCCCCACCCAACCUGGCCUUGAACAGCUCCGGGGAUGGGGUAUCCACAGCUUCUCUGGGCAAUAUUUUCAGUGAUUCACCACCCUCAUUGUAAAAUAAUUCUUUCUUAUACACAAUCUAAAUUUACCCUCUUUUCAUUUAUGUAACAAGAACAUCGCGAGUGUGGAAUAUGAAUUUUUUUGUUUUGUUUCCUAUGACCAAUCUCUGCCUUUCUAAAUAACUAUUUUUACUGGACAAUCUGCUUUAUAAAGCCAUUCAGUUUUGCUAUGGAGUAAGGAUAUUAACUUCUGCCAAAACUGUAAUUCAGUACUGUAAUAUUCUCAUUUUAAUUAUAUUCUAUGUUUUUAUUUCCUAAAUCAAAUUAUUUAGUGAUUAGCUUAAAGUAUCAGUACUGGUAUUUUUCACUAAGUGGUUAAUUCAGAUAGGCUUUAGGUUUCUAAUGGCAAAAACUUUCAUGCUCUCUCAGAAUAUAUCUGCAAAUUUUACGUGUACAGCUAUUUGUGGCAUGACAUUUAGCUUUUGAGGCAUGCUGUGACAUCCAAAGUUUUAAGUCAUAUGGCACAAACUUUCAUUAGCUCAGAAAUGCAUGAGUAUGAGACCAGUCAAGAGGGAGAAAGAGAGCUUAACUUGCCAAGAUACAUGUAAGUGACAGAUUGAACAUAUUCUUAUAUUUUUGGGGAGCCAAACAUGGGCUAGCAAAUAGUGCAUCACUUCAGCAUGAGAAAGAGACCCAGAGGAUUCCCCUAUUCAUGGGGAAAGCCUGUCAGGAAGACAUGGAACAUUACAGUUCCAAACACAACAUUGGCUAAAGGUUUAUGCUGGGUUCAAGAGCUAACAUUUACACUAGAUGUACACCUACAAACUCACACUUCACACCAGUGUUUUAUCUGGGGGCAACAAUCAAAUGUCCAAUAGAGCUGCUUAUGUGGGGCUGGUUAGAAUUUGAGAGCCUGGAAAAGUAAAGAACUAAUAUUCAGUGCUGGAUAUUGGAGGCAGAAUGUGAACAUUCCUGAAAUUCACUAUAGUGCACAGAAGCUACAAGCAUAUCCAAUACUUUUCUCUCCUGAAAUGGGAAAUAAAAUUUAUGUGUGAUUAUCUUAGAAAAUGAGAAAAUUUGUCAUUAUAAAAAGCCCUUGAUUUCACCUAAUGCAUUCUGUUCAAGGCCUUCUUCUCUCUCACUCUCUUAAUCCUUCCAGGGGAUCAUUGCCAGAAACAAAUAAUAAAAAGCUGUUAGUUACCAAAUUAAAAUUUCUUAUCAAAGUUGCUUGUGUAAGUUUGAAAAACACUCAACAUUCCUGAAACUGCGAUUUCAAGUCAGCAAGCGUCUUGGUGCUUAUGCAAGUUCUGUAGACUGUAAUCCACGGCCUUUGAGGAUUUGUUAAAUUAGCUCAGUUCAGUCCAAACCUCGGCAUUCUCUUGCAUGCAAGCCUCAUACCCACGUGGCUGUGCCAGAUGUGGAUUUCUGACUGCAAAUGUAUUUACAUUCAUAGAUCUAAUUCAUGUUUCAAUAUAUGUGUCUCAUUUAUACAUCUCCAAGACCCUUUUUCAAUUCUUUACCAAGGUUUACCUAGCCACAGUUCUCUGGGGAAAAGUAGUUCCUGGAGUAGCAAUUUAUGGAGGCAAGGGGAAGAAUUUUUCCCACCUUCCAAAUAAAAAACCAAACAAACAACCCACUUCCUUCAUGCUUUUACACCCUAAGAUUUCUGUGCCAGCCCUACUUGCACUUGCAGUGUAAACCUAUCACAGUUUCCUAAACACUUCUCAGCUGAAGUACUUUGGCCUUUGAACUCUCUUCCUAUCAGUGAUGGUUUGUUUUGUCAAAUGACAAUGAGCAAGCCAAAGUGCUGAGGAGACAAUUACUGACUGCUGAUGUCCUGAUGCAGGUUCAAAACCACAAGGAGGGAAGCAGGAAUGUCAAGAAUCCCGGCAUGCCAUUAAUGACCUAGCAAAGCAGCAAAAAGCUGUUUAUGCUACUGACAGAAGCUGCAUGCAGGUGUUGAGUGUUCACCAAAUGAGAUAAAAGAUGGUACAAGAGUCUAAGCUCAUCAGCUCUUUGGCUUUCAGAAACUACUAUUAGGCACUGAUCUUACAAGUUACAACAGGCAGACCAGUAUGUAGGACCUAUCUCCUCUGCUAAAUUCAAGAUCUGGGACCUUAAACAUUAUUUCUAGCAAAGUUUUCUUGAUUUUUCUGAAGAUCUAGUCCCUUGUUUUAGCGCAAUUUUUGAGCCUUUGCUUAAGUCUGAAUGUCAAACUAGUCCACGGAUAUAGCUGCCUCCUGUGCUUUUUUAUUCACAGGACAGAUGUCAGAAAUUUUUUGAGGAAACCUUUCUCAGCAGAAAAUAUUGUAAUUAAAAUUUCUUUGGGCUUUCAUUUGUUCCGUGACUUCCAGUUCUCCCUCUGCUAAUAAAGCAAAAUUCUAAUCUC